AUGCAUGCUUGGCCACAUCCUCCUUCAAAGUGGGUAGCGGCUAAUUGCGACGGGUCGAUCCGUGACAACCUUAGGGGCUACGACACCAUAGGCCGUGAUGCCAGUGGGCAAGCUCUUUUUGCGGUGGCUGGUGCAACUCCUGAUGGAAGCAUCCUUCGCAUGGAGCUCCUAGCCAUGAAAUGUGGUCUCCUGAAAGCCCGCGACCUAAACAUAACUCAUGUGCAAGUGCGCUCUGACUCGACCAUGGUAGUUCAGCUGGUUCUUGGUACUUACCAAACCCCAUGGCACUCUAUCAGUUUGGUUGAAGAUAUUCAAGAGCUGCAAAGAUGCUUUAGGGGUUGCGUUUUUCAACACCAUGUCCGAGAAACAAACUCCUGUGCGGAUAUUCUUGUUGGCUUUGUAUUCAAUUGCCAAGAGCUCAAUUUGUGUGUGAAUAGACUCCCGGCGGCACUUUCCAACCUUCUAAGGAAUGAUGCCACUGGGAAAAAAUACUAUAGGCUGUAA